UGAUGCCAACCAAUUCGAUCAACCAUUUUGGAUGGAAUCAAAAGGAAUGCGCAAAAUAGUUUUUGUGACUGGUAAUGUAAAGAAACUUGAAGAAGUCCAGGCAAUUCUCGGAACAACAGUUGAGCUAGUUCAUUAUAAACUCGAUUUGACCGAGAUACAGGGUACAAGCCGUGAAGUUUCUGCAGAUAAAUGCCGACGCGCCUCUAUUGAGCUAAAUGGACCUGCUAUAACUGAGGAUACUUGCCUUUGUUUUAACGCCUUGGAAGGACUUCCAGGACCAUAUAUAAAAUGGUUUUUAGAUAAAUUAGGUCACCAUGAUUUAAUUCCUAAACAAUCAUCAUAUUGUUUAACCAAAAUGUUAUCUGGCUUUGAAGAUAAAACAGCAUAUGCUUUGUGUACUUUUGCGUAUUCCGCUAAGCCCGGCACCGAGCCAGUAUUAUUUGAAGGGCGUACAAACGGAAAGAUCGUACCGCCACGUGGCGCAACUAAUUUUGGAUGGGAUCCAAUUUUUCAACCUGACGGAUUUGAUCAAAC